AUGGGUUCUCAAAACAAAACCGUGUCCCAAAGCCCCCUCCAACGCCUACCCAUUGAGCUGAAGAGAUAUGUCAUGAUAAAGCUUGAUAUUACCUCUCUUUACGCACUUGUCACUACUUGCAAAGUCUUCUACAAUAUCCACAAGAGCGACAGAGGCUUCAUUCUUCGCGCAAUCACUACAAAUGCUCUAGGUGACGCCCUCCCAUCGGCUCUGGCCUUACACGUAGCAAGGCGUACCGACUGGGAAACAGAAUCGCCCGCAUAUUCUCGUGAUGAGCUUAUGGAUCAGAUCCACAAGUUUGGCAGCACAUAUCUCGAUCGGAAUAAUAAGACAUUGAUUUUCCCGGAAGACUUCUCUUUCUCCUUGGCUUGGGAGCUCGUUUCUUUCCACUCCAUCGUCGAGAAUUUUGCUCUGAAAUUAAUGGAGGAAACAUUGUCAGACAUGUACUUCCACAAUUUUCGGGGUCACCCAAUUCCAAAACCUACAAGCACAGAAAUUGCCAGAGUACAGCUUACAUUCUAUUGUAUGGAGAUAUCUCGAGAACUUCUCCCUUUCCACGUUAGCGGGCCGGACAGUCAUCUGGAUAAUGAACGACCAUGGGAAAUGCUCUGGCACUAUUUCGCACCAUGGGAGAAUCGAAUCGCUGAAGUGAUUACCUAUUUCCUAGAUAAAUGUCUUGAUAAUGCUAUCAGUCGAGGAUCUAUCAACAUGGGAGACUCAGCUUACUACGAGUGGUAUACUGCUUUGGGAUUGCGUGGCUUUGAUAAAUUAGCCGACGACGAGUUUGUAUCUCGCAAUGCCGCCACUAUCGAAACCAACCGAUACCCAUUCCGUUGCAUUUGUUAUUUCGCACUUGGUGUAUCUGGUUUUACAUGGUUGCGACCUGUUGGAGAAACCCUCAUGGUCCGAUCUUUCAACAUAGACCACCUCUUAGCAAGAUUUCCCCAGGAAGAAAACGGGGCAUGCGAUAACUGGUACUUCACGAUCAUCUCAGAGCAGCACAAUCCUCAAUAUACUGACUCACAGCCCCUUCCUUCGGAAACCGCUUGGUGGGACCGUGCUCGAAUCAAUACCGUAUUUCCAGGUAUUCUUCCCAGUACAGCAGAGAUUCAAGACAUGGCAGGAGGCAACGAAUACAUUGGGAAUUCUUUCGAGCCGGAAGUCGACCAUUGCAAAGAGAUUGGCUAUUAG